AUGGCCCAAAACAUAAAAGAAAAGAAUACUCAAACUGGUUAUUCUGGUAGAGAGUAUUUCCAACAACAAUCACCAUUAUUAGGUAAUCAAUAUAUAGAAGAUACUCAAUUAAUUAGAGCUUUACAAAGAGUAUUACCAGCUAAAAUUCUCAAAGAGAUUGAAGGUGAUUUAACACAAUUUGGUGAACGUGUUGUUAAGGAUAUUUUAGAAUUAGGUAGAGCUUCUGAAAAUAAUCCACCAAAAUUAAUUCAAUAUGAUGCAUGGGGAAAGAGAAUUGAUAAAAUUGUAGUUGAUGAAUCAUGGAAUAAAUUAAAAGAUAUUGGAUGUUCAGAAGGAUUAGUAUCAAUUGGAUAUGAAAGAAAAUAUCAAGAAUAUAGUAGAAUUUAUCAAUAUAUAAAGAUUUAUUUAUUUGCAUGUUCAUCAGCAGUAUUUGAUUGUCCAAUGUCAAUGACUGAUGGUGCAGCACGUUUAAUUGAAUUGUAUGGUGAUAAAGGAAUGAAGGAGGAUGAAUAUAAACAUUUCAUAUCACGUGAUCCAAAGACAUUUUGGACAAGUGGUCAAUGGAUGACAGAGAAAACUGGUGGAUCUGAUGUUUCAAAAUCUGAGACCAUUGCAGUUAGCAGUGGUAGUGGUGAUGGUAAAACAUGCAAUCUUAGUGGUUACAAGUAUUUCACAUCAGCAACUACCUCAGAGGGUGCAAUGGUAUUGGCAAGAGAUGUUGACGAUGCAAAAACCAUGAAAGGUGCAGUUGAGGGAUCCAGAGGUUUAUCAGUUUACUUUAUAAAAUUAAGAAAACCAAAUGGUGAACUCGAUCGUAUUCAAGUUCACAAGUUAAAGAAUAAAUUUGGAACAAAAGCAGUACCAACCGCAGAACUUGAGUUAAUGGGUACACCAGCAGUUAGAGUUGGACCAAAAGGUAGAGGUGUACCAGUGAUUGCCUCCAUAUUAAAUAUCACUAGAAUUCAUAAUGUAAUCCAUUCAGCAGCCACAAUGAGAAGAUGUGUUGCAAUUGUAAGAGAUUUCGCUCAUCGUCGUACUGUAUUUGGUAAAUUAUUAAAAGAUAACUUAUUAUAUCUUUCAACAUUGGCAGAGAUGGAAUUAGAAUUUAGAGCUAGUUUACAUUUACUUUUGGAUGUUACCUUAUUGUUGGGUAAGAGUGAACGUAUUGUUGAAAAACAAUCAUCAAAUAGUGAAGAACAAAAACAAAUUGACCUCCUAUUACGUAUUGUUACACCACUUUCAAAAUUGUAUACUGCAAAACAAAGUGUUACAGUCGCAUCAGAGGCUAUUGAAGCAUUGGGUGGCACUGGUUAUAUGGAAGAUUCCGAUAUGCCACGUCUAUUUAGAGACACUCAAGUAACAUCGAUUUGGGAAGGUACAACCAACGUUUUAUCAAUGGAUAUUUGGAGAACCUUAAAAGAACCAUUAACAAUUAAAUUCUAUUUCCAAUCAAUUGAAAAUCGUUUAAUUCAAGCAAAUAAAUUAUUAAAUAAUGAUAACAAUAUUCAAAAAGUUAUUUCAGUAAUUAGAGAAGCAAUGAAAACUAUUCGUUCAGUUAUUGAUAAAGUUAUGAAUGGUGAUAUGGAAUACGCAGAAUCUAAUUCACGUAGAUUCGCUUAUUUAAUGGCACAAACUUAUAUGGCAUCGCUUUUAUUAGAACAUGCAGUUUGGUCAAAGGAUGAAUUGGAUGCUCAGGUCGCUGAAAGAUGGUGUUUUGUUAAACUUGAAAAUGGAAAAACUAAUAAAAACUCUACAAUUUCAUUCACUGAUGUUGAUGAAAAAUGGAGAGAAUUAGACAUUAAAUUAGCUUUGGAUUUAAAUGAACAUGGUCAACCAAAAUUAGGUACCUAUGAUAUUAAUUCAACAAAAUUAAGAUCAAAAUAUUAA